AACAUCAUUAUCACCGCGGUUAUUGAGCUGCAGCUGGUCCCUCCCUCUCCCGCAUGGACCGGAACCACGCAGCGCCACGUGAUCCCGGAGCUCUGGACUGAACGAGCCUCUCACACCGCAUCAUGGCUGCGGAGGAUGCGGCCGCGCGGUCCCGAACCGGAGCCCUGCUCUCCAGCGGGGCUCCGCUCUCUCCUUUCCGCCUGCUGCUGCUCUCCCUGGCCGCGUGCUCCCUGCUCCCCGCCCCGGCGCUCGGCUUGCUCGGCUUUCGGCCGGAGGAGACCGGAGCGGAGCUGUCCGUGGCGGACGGGGUGCUGAAAGCCACCGAGGGGACCCGCUUUAUGCUGCGGGUUUAUUACUCUACCUCCCCGCAGAGGCUAAACCGCACCGCGGCGACUCGCGCCAACAACGCCGCGCCCUGGGUCGCCUUCAUCGAGGAGCCGACUCCCGGGCGAGAGGGACAAGCUCACCCGAAGCGGAACAUGUGCAUGGACAAGAACGCCAGGACGUCCGACAUCGAGGUUUUGGGCUCUUUCAAGUCCGCUUCCAGUCAAAACUCGGUGCUGGUGGAGCUGCUGGCCAAAGACCUGCGGAGGGGGGAGAAGAUGAAAUACUACUCCAUGUGCGCCUUUGACGGAUCCAAAUGGGAACACUACCGGACACGGGAUUUCUGGGUGGCCGUGGUGGAGCGCUCGGCUGUCCCGGAGCUCUGGCUACAAGUGCUGGUGUCCGUGCUGCUGCUCGGGCUCUCGGCGCUGUUCAGCGGGCUGAACCUGAGUCUGCUGGCGCUGGACCCGGUGGAGCUGCAGGUCCUCCAGAACAGCGGCACCGACAAGGAGCAGAACUACGCGCGGAAAAUCGAGUCGGUGCGUCGGCACGGCAACUACGUGCUCUGCACUCUGCUGCUGGGCACCGCGAUCAUCAACGCCUCGCUCGCCGUGUGGAUGUGCCAGAUCCUGGGCAUGACCUGGCUCUCCACGGUCAUCUGCGCCUUCGGCAUCUUCUUCAUCGGGGAGAUUCUCCCGCACUCGGUGGCGUCGCGACACGGCCUCGCCAUCGCCUCCAAAACCAUCUGGGUGACGCGGCUGCUCAUGGUGAUCUCCUUCCCCAUCUCCUACCCCAUCAGCAAACUGCUGGACCUCAUCCUCAACCAGGAGAUCUCAAACUUCUACACCAGGGAGAAACUCCUGGAGAUGCUGCGCGUGUCCGACCCGUACCACGACCUGGUCAAAGAGGAGCUCAACAUCAUCCAGGGAGCGCUGGAGCUGCGGACCAAGACCGUGGAGGACGUGCUGACGCCGCUGAGCGACUGCUUCAUGCUGGCCUCGGACGUGGUGCUGGACUUCAACACCAUGUCGGACAUGAUGCAGAGCGGAUACACGAGGAUACCGGUGUUCGAGAACGAGCGCUCCAACAUCGUGGACAUCCUGUUCGUCAAGGACCUCGCGUUCGUGGACCCGGACGACUGCACCCCGCUGAAGACCAUCACCCAGUUCUACAAACACCCGCUGCACUUCGUGUUCAACGACACCAAACUGGACGCCAUGCUGGAAGAGUUCAAGAAAGGGAAGUCCCACCUGGCCAUCGUGCAGCGGGUGAACAACGAGGGCGAGGGCGACCCUUUCUACGAGGUGAUGGGCAUCGUCACCCUGGAGGACGUCAUCGAGGAAAUCAUCAAGUCCGAGAUCCUCGACGAGACGGACCUCUACACUGAUAAUCGUACGAAGCGCCGCGUUUCUCACCACGAGCGGAAGCAGCAGGACUUCUCCAUCUUCAAACUGUCAGAGAACGAGAUGAAAGUCAAUAUCUCUCCUCAGCUUCUCCUGGCAACACACCGCUUCCUGUCCACAGAGGUGGAGCCCUUCAAACCCGCUCACAUCUCAGAGAAGAUCCUGCUGAGGCUGAUCAAACACCCCAGCGUGGUUCAGGAACUCAACUUCGACGAGAAGAACAAGCGAGCGUCGCAGCACUUCCUGUUCCAGCGCAACAAACCCGUGGACUACUUCGUCCUGGUCCUGCAGGGUCGAGUUGAGGUGGAGUUUGGUAAGGAGGCGCUGAAGUUUGAGAAUGGAGCUUUCUCUUACUUUGGGGUUCCUUCCAUCAUGCCAGCAGUCCACAGAUCCCCCUCUCGCAGCAGUGGUUUGGACCGCUCUGAGUCCAUGCUGUACGGAGGCAGCAUGAGCCAACUGAACGGUGGGGGGAACGUCUACCUGCCAGACUACUCUGUCAGACAGCUCACACAACUGCAGAUCAUCAAGAUCACCCGGAGCCACUACCAGAACGCUGUGACAGCCACCCGGAUGGACCACUCUCCUCUGACGCCGGAUGCAGACGGCCGUCUGGCAGAAGGCAACACCCCGACCCCGGAGGCCCCGGCCGCGGAGCACGGCGCCACGCUGAUGCCCCCGGGGCACAGCAGCAGCAGCAGCAGCAGCAGCACCACCACCACCACCCUCAUGCCCCCACGCAGGGAGCACGGCCGGCCCAGCUCGGCACGAACCCGAGGACAGCAGUCCAGCGUCCCGCACAGCACCUCGCUGCUGAACCAGAAGAACCGCAUCGUCCGCAGCAAGUCUGACGGCCAGAAGAGUCCCAGCGAUUCAGUGUUUCUCAGGAUGGAUGAGAUCCCGUACAUCAGGGAGGACAGAUCUGAGGCCGACGCGCACACUGACAUGGCCUCUGUUCCCAUAGAAACGGACACGUCCCCUUUCAUCAGCAGCCUGUCCCUGAGUGGCUCAGAGGACACACUGGGCAAGAAACUCCUGCUCAAACUCAGCCACAAGAAGAGGAAAAAAUCCCGCGAAGGAGAGAGAACACCAGAGGACAUUUCAGAACAGCCGCUGGUGAAAACCUAGCAGCGUGCGUGCGUGCAACGGACCCCAACAUUCCAUCAUCUGAUGGUUCUUUAAGUUGUUUGUGAAGACGAUGUGGUUGGUGAACUACAGCUAUCAGAGUUUUAUCUGAAAAAAACACACUCCAACACCCCCCCCCCACUGUAGGAGUUUAUGAAGUGGACCCAUCCACAGAUAUGUACUGAACACUUGGAUGGAAGACACCAGUUUAUAAAAAAAAUAGCAGCUUUGCAAUAUGCAUUAUACUGGAACUUCACAGGUUUUUCAUGCUGAUGCUUGUAAAGGAAUGACUGUGAAUGUAAAAUGUUUGUAGAAAAUAAUAGUUUUAUACUAUAUAUAUACAGUAUAUAUAUGUGAUCACUUCUCCAAUGGAGCCGAAGGGAAUAACAGUACAUAGGAAUCGGAUGGAAGACACCAAAGACGUUGCUGUUUUUAUACCGCCACGAAUUGCAGGGGACAUCUCAACAGAACAGAAGUCAACUGGCUGCUUUGUGCUCAGGC